AUGUCUCGCCAGUCCUGCGCUCUUGGCAAGGGGUUCAGCUCCAGCUCUGUGUGCUUCGGGGGCAAGAGCAAGGUCACGUUUGGCUCCAUGCCCCGUGGAGGAUGCCGGGGAGCUGCCGGCGGCUUCAGCAGCAGGAGCCUCUAUUCCCUGGGGGGCAGUAAAAGCACCUCCUUGGGAGGGUUUGGGGGUGCCUGCAGAGGCUUUGGUGGCCAAGGAGGCUUCGGCUUUGGGGCCGGAGCAGGAUUUGGGGGUGGCUAUGGUGCAGGGGGCUUUGGUGGAGGCUCUGGCAGUGGCUUUGGUGGCUUUGGUGGAGGAUUUGACGGUGGGAUGGGGGGCCAGGGCUACCCCCCAUGCCCCCCGGGCGGCAUCAGGGAGGUGACCAUCAACCAGAGCCUGCUGGCCCCCCUCAAUCUCGAGAUUGACCCCGAGAUCCAGAAGGUUCGGACACAGGAGCGAGAGGAGAUCAAGAAACUCAACGACAAAUUUGCCUCCUUCAUCGACAAGGUCCGGUUCCUGGAGCAGCAGAACCGAGUCCUGGAGACCAAGUGGAAGCUGCUGCAGGAACAGGGUGGUGCAGGAACGGGGGGCAGGAACCUGGACCCUUUCUUUGAGACCUACAUCAGUGGGCUGAGGAAGCAGCUGGAUUGUCUCUCCAGUGAGAAGCACCAGCUGGACACAGAGCUGAAGAGCUUCCAGGACAUGGUGGAGGACUUCAAGACAAAGUACGAGGAAGAGAUAAACAAAAGGACGGCAGCUGAGAAUGAAUUUGUGCUCCUGAAGAAGGACGUGGAUGGAGUCUACAUGGCCAAGGUGGAACUCCAGGGUAAACUGGAUUCUCUGUCAGAUGAGAUCAACUUCCUCAAGUGUCUUUACGAGGCCGAGCUGGCCCAGAUGCAGAAGACGGUGUCCGACACCUCGGUGGUGCUGUCCAUGGACAACAACCGGAGCCUGGACCUGGACAGCAUCAUCGCCGAGGUGAAGGCGCAGUACGAGGAGAUCGCCAACCGCAGCCGGCUGGAGGCCGAGUCCUGGUACCGAUGCAAGUAUGAGGAGCUGCAGGCAACCGCAGGCAAGCAUGGAGACAGCCUCAAGGACACCAAGACCGAGAUCUCAGAGCUCAACCGCAUGAUCCAGAGGAUCCGGGCAGAGAUCGACAGUGUGAAGAAGCAGUGUGAGACCAUUCAGACGUCGAUUGCGGAUGCAGAGCAGCGCGGGGAGGUGGCUCUCAAGGAUGCCAGGGAUAAACUGGCUGAGCUGGAGACAGCCCUGCAGAAAGCCAAGGCUGACAUGGCCCGGCAGCUCCGGGAGUACCAGGAGCUCAUGAAUGUCAAACUGGCCCUGGACGUGGAGAUUGCGACCUACAGGAAGCUGCUGGAGGGCGAGGAGUGCAGGAUGUCUGGAGAAUGCCAGAGCUCUGUCAGCAUCUCCGUGGUGGGCGGCAGCAGCUCCGUGGGCGGUGGAUAUGGCAGCGGACUGUGCCUUGGAGGAGGAGGAAUUGGCUUUGGAAGCGGGAAAGGCAGCUGCAACACGGGCGGUGCUGGUUUAUGCUUCAGCCUGGGUGGGGGUGGAUUUGGUUCUGGGGGUGGAUUUUGCUCCCUGGGUGGGGGAUCUAACUCGGUGGUGGUGGGGGGAUCUGGCUCCAUCCUGAAGAACAGUGGCCCCACCAGGAGGGCAUAG